CCUCCCAUUCUCACUGCGGACACAGCGGAUCACAGAAAGAGCCAAAGAUGUCGGCUCGGUCAUGUUAUCAGCUGUGUCCAAUCACAGCUGAUCACAUGGGACAUGUACACGGAUCAUCAGGGCACUGAUGAUCAGUGUGCCCUGAUUAUCAGUGUGGCCCCAGAAGUGCCACCUGUCAGUGCUCAUCAGUGCCACGUGCCAGUGCCACAUCAAUGCCACAUAUCAGUGCCCAUCUGAGCUGCCUUUCAAUGUCACCCAUCAAUGCCUGACAGUGCCAUGUGUCAGUGCCGCCUAACAGUGCCCAUCAGUGAUGCCUGUCAAUGCCCAUCAGUGCAACCUACCAGUGCCUCCUCAUCAGUGCCAUCUAUCAGUGCAGCCUAUCAGUGCCCAUCACUGCAGCCUCGUUAGCGCACAUCAGUGAAGGAGAAAAAUCACUUAUUUACAAAAUUGUAUAACAAAAACUAAGAAAAAACAUUUUUUUUUUCCCCAAAAAUUUUCUGUGUUUUUGGUUU